GUUUGCAGAACCGCAACGGAUUCAACUUGAUCAACGUUGACACUUUUACCACCAUUUCAGCACGCGCCCCGUCACUUCUCAAGCAUGGCGAACCGUGGCUACGAUGUAGUCGUCGACGUUGACACCGAGGGGGACCUAGGACACACGGAUCUACAAGAUGAUGACCUUGAAUUCCACUCGUCCAAUUUCGAGUCGCGGCCGUCCAAUCGCAAAGUUCAACCAGAGUCAACGGGAUUCCUAUCCAACAGCUCGACGAACCCGGCGAACAUGCCCAACGAUCCAUCAGCCGUACCGCCGAAACACAUGCUAUGGUCACUCUCCUUUUACGCGCAAUUCUUCGACGUGGACACAUCGACGGUGCUACACCGAUGCCGAACCGCAAUCUUGCCCUUCAUUCCGAACACGCCCCCCUUCCUCGACACGAUGGACGGCAACCCUGACCUUUACGGCCCGUUUUGGAUCGCUACGACGGUGGUGGUGAUAUUGUUCUUGACAGGUACCAUCAGCCACAAGCUGGCAUCCGAGGGACACAAACACUUUGAAUACGAUUUCCGUCUACUGUCAGGCGCCGCAGGCCUCAUCUAUGGAUACACAAUGUUUGUGCCGCUGGGUCUGUGGGCUGCGUUGCGCUGGUUCGGUGCCCAGUCUCUCGACCUGGUCGAGUGCUGGGCCCUUUACGGAUAUAGUAACCUGUUCUGGAUCGCCGUCUCCCUCGUCUCCUGGUCACCGCUCAGCGCACUCAAUUACGCCCUUGUCGGCCUGGGUUAUGCCGUCAGUGUGUUUUUCCUCGUCAAGAACCUCUACCCCGUCAUCAGUGCCAUUGAGAAGAAAACCAGUCAGAUUCUUUUGCUGGUUGUUGUUCUACUACAUGCUGGCUUGGCUAUUGCUAUCAAGAUUCUGUUCUUCAGCCAUGGAAGCCCUGCUAAGGAGGGUGACUGAUUGAUGGAUUGGAGCACCGGUGGCAAGUGAAGGCUUGGUUGAUGCGGUCACUAUAUUAUCAUCUUCUCCUGUAUUACUACGUGUGGGUGUGGUCACGACAUGAGAUAUUACAUGGAAGUACUGCAGUAUUGGGGUUAGGCAGGGAUUCAAAUGCACGAAGAACGAAUAUUCUUGGGGUUAGCUACAGUGCCACCAAGCACAUGCAGGGGAAACAACGAAAUUUCGAGUCAUCCUUGAUGAUUCACAAGCGAUUUCGGAAUGGUCGCAUCCUUGCACAAAAUCCCGCAUAUGUGGAAUGUGGUUUUUAAAGAUUUAGCAUUGCAUGAUUUGCAGGAAACCACAGGAGCCAUAGCUGCACAGCAAUCUCAAAUGGCUGUUUCAAAGUAAUUCUUUAUACACGAAUU